GAUGGAUUUUCAACAUUUUCUCUGAUGGUUUUUAGCCAACGUGGCGGCGGCAGCRGGCGGCUUCAUCUACUUCCUCAGUUACCUGCCUUAUUUGUUCCUGUGGCCUCGCUAUGACUUACUGAGCCACGCUCAAAAAGUGUCGGCCUGCCUUAUCUCCAACGUGGCCAUGGCCAUGGGAGCACAGCUUAUAGGAAUGUUUGAAGGCAAAGGUACUGGAAUCCARUGGUCAAACCUGUUGGACUCGGUGACGGUGGACGACGACUUCUCCAUGGCCCAGGUUCUGUGCUUGCUGCUGUUUGACUCGGUGCUUUACGGCCUGGUGGCCUGGUACAUGGAGGCUGUGUUUCCCGGAGAGUACGGAGUGCCUCUUCCAUCUUACUUCUUYUUACUGCCUUCAUACUGGUGCAGCAGCCCUCGCAUGGCUAUAGUGAACGAGAAAGAGGAAGAGGAGGACGCAGAAAAAGCUAUGAAGGGAGAGUUUAUAGAGGAGGAGCCAGCUGGAGUAGUAUCUGGAAUAAAGAUUAAACACCUCACUAAGGAGUUCAAAGUAGGCAACAAGACGCGGCAGGCGGUGCGAGAUCUGACGCUGAACAUGUUCGAGGGGCAGAUCACGGUGGUGCUGGGACACAACGGUGCUGGGAAGACCACCACGCUGUCCAUGCUUACAGGUCUGUUCCCUCCCAGCGGSGGCCGGGCCUACAUAAAUGGUUACGACAUCUGUCAGGACAUGGCUCUGAUCCGACGCAGUCUGGGUCUCUGUCCUCAGCACGACGUUUUGUUUGACAACCUCACAGUGAGAGAGCAUCUGCUCUUCUAUGCACAGCUAAAAGGUUUCCCCAAGGAGCAAAUUUCAGACGAGGUGGAUCGUAUCAUCUGCAUUUUGAACCUAGAGGACAAACGACAUUCUCGCUCCAAGACCCUCUCUGGAGGCAUGAAGAGGAAGCUUUCCAUCGGAAUCGCCCUCAUUGGAGACUCCAAGGUCGUCAUGCUGGAUGAGCCCACGUCGGGGAUGGAUCCAUCAGCACGACGGGCCACCUGGGACCUUCUCCAGGGAGAGAAACGAGGUCGCACCAUCCUGCUCACCACUCACUUCAUGGACGAAGCCGACCUGCUUGGUGACCGGAUCGCCAUCAUGGCGGGAGGCGAGCUGCAGUGCUGCGGCUCGCCACUAUUCCUGAAGAACAAAUACGGUGCUGGCUACCACAUGGUGAUUGUCAAAGAUUCGCUUUGUAACGUAUCAGAGAUCACUCGCCUUGUUCACAUGUAUGUUCCCAAUGCUACGAUGGAGAGCAGCGCCGGAGCCGAGCUCUCUUACAUCCUGCCUAAAGAAAGCACCAGCAGGUUUGAGCUGCUGUUUGCUGAGCUGGAAAUGAACAAAGAGGAACUGGGUAUUGCCAGCUAUGGAGCCUCAGUAACCACCAUGGAAGAAGUUUUCCUCAGGUUAGGACACAAGAUCUUYCUUAUUUUCAUCCCUCACGGGUUGAUCUUCACUGUUGUGGCCUUAGUGGUGGCACGCACCCUCCCCAACCACCAGGACGCCCCCAUGCUGAGGCUGGCCCUCAGCCACUACGGUCCCACCAGGGUCCCCGUGGCCCUGCAGCCAGGCGCGGGUUCGCUUUCUUCUUCUUUAGCAGAAAUGUAUACGUCCCAACUCCUGGARCAACUGGGCGAGCUCAGAAACAUCACAGAUUUCACUAAUUACGUCCUGACCAAUGCGAAAGCAGAAGGCGGCGUCUUCAACGAGCGCUGCGUGGUGGGCGCUGCCUUCCUUGGCAGGAGCAGCCGCUAUUCAGAAGCAACAGCCUACUUCAACAACCAGGGCUACCACACACCUGCCACGGCCCUCAUGAUGGUGGACAAUGCUCUGUUCAAACUCCUAGCUGGGCCCAACGCGUCAAUCCUGACAGGMAAUUACCCCAUGCCCAGAAACCUGUCUGAGACUGCGAGGAGCCAGCUCACAGAUAGUAAGACCGGGUUUGCCAUCGCCAUCAACCUGAUGUACGGCAUGGCCUCGCUGUCUAGCACGUUCGCCCUGCUGCUCGUAACUGAGUCCGCUAUCAAGUCGAAGCACGUCCAGCAGGUCAGCGGCGUCUACCUGUCCAACUUCUGGUUCUCUGCCCUGCUGUGGGACCUGGUCAACUUCCUGCUGCCGUGCCUCCUCAUGCUGGUUGUGUUCCAAGCGUUUGGAGUCGAGGCUUUUGUGGCGGACCACCACCUCAUCGACGUCCUCCUGAUUCUCCUCCUGUACGGCUGGGCCAUCGUGCCUCUGAUGUAUCUGCUCAGCUUCUUCUUCUCCACCGCUGCCACCGCCUACACACGCCUGACUAUCUUCAACAUGAUCUCCGGCACGGCCACGUUUCUGACCGUUACCAUCAUGACCAUCCCAGAGUUGAACCUGGUGCACCUGUCGCACUUAUUGGAUAAGGUGUUCCUGAUCUUCCCCAACUACUGCCUGGGCAUGUCAUUCAGCCAGUUCUACCAGAACUAUGAGUUCAUAAAGUUUUGCACCUCCAGUGAAAUCAGCGAAGUCAUUUGCAAAGUCUUAAAUAUCACAUACCAGCCAAACUACUUCUCCAUGUCAGAGCCUGGCGUGGGUCGCUUCCUGGUGUCCCUCUCGGUGCAGGGCGUCGUCUUCAACGCUCUGCUGUUUGUCAUCGAGCUGCAGUGUGUCCGCACCRUCUGCAGGCUCUUCACCUCUCUGGGCAGAAAACGCAAACAGGUGACUCUCUUGGACGACGCGGCAUUCCUUCCAGAGGACCGGGAUGUGGCUGAGGAGAGGAAGCGGGUCCUGGACUGCCAGCCGGUGGUGGAGUCCAUGGUCGGCAGCCCUCUCAUACUGCAUGAGCUCAGUAAGGUUUACAGCAGUGGGGAGAACCUUCUGGCUGUGGACAGGCUGUCUCUCGCUGUGGGGAAGGGCGAGUGUUUYGGCCUCCUGGGYUUCAACGGAGCAGGAAAGACCACGACGUUUAAGAUGCUGACCGGCGACGAGAGCGUCACGUCCGGWGACGCCUACAUAGACGGCUACAGCAUCCUGAGGGACAUUAAGAAGGUGCAGCAGCGCAUUGGUUACUGUCCUCAGUUUGAUGCCGUGCUGGAUCACAUGACAGGAAGAGAGACGCUGAGCAUGUACGCCAGACUCAGAGGAAUCCCAGAGAAGUAUGUAGCUGGAUGCGUGGAGAACGUCCUGCGGUCGCUUUAA